CUAGAUUCGAUCAAAGUAGGUACGUAACGUUUAUUUUUGCUGCAUUUUUGCACAUUUAUGGACAAAAGUCUGGUUUCAAUUGAAAUCUUUAAUCUAUCUUGGAUGUAAUAUCAUCUCGUGUUGGUGUAAAUUUACACUCGCAUUUAUUCUCCGAAGGAGAUUAAAUAUCAACGGUAAUUAAACUUGUCGUUGAAAUAUUCUCCAGCAGUAAGUAGGUAUAAUCACGUAUCAGAGUGCACUACCGUCCCAUUGUACUUCGGAGUGAAACGCGUUUCGCUGGAGAAUUCUCAAGACGUUCGUUAGUUAGUUUUAUUGCGGUUGUGAACUCGGUAACUUGCCUUUUUCUUCGUUGUACUGAUUUUUAUGCGUUUUAAAAAAGAAAUGCCUUCUACCAGAAAACACGUGAAAAGGGAUCGGAAACGUGUUCGUUCCAACGAAUCGGAUACCGAAGACGAAUUCGAACCGAUCAGACGUAAAAAUGGAAAAAAUCCGUUCAUAAUUAGCGAAAUACUAAAAAACUAUCAACAGCAAACUCUGGACAAUAAUAAGGAUAAUUUACUGAAAUAUGUUCCGGCUCCGGUCAGCGAGUUAUUUAUUCCUUACAUGAAGCACGUUCAAAUGAUCAACACGAAUUUCAAUCUGAUCAAUUCGUUGCUGAAAUCGAACGUUAAAUUAUUAAAACCGGAUAUUUUGAGUAAAUUUCAAGAUUUGAUCAACAAGACUGGCAACAAGAUGAAUAAGUUUUCCGGCGAUUUGAUCGAACAACUGGCUUCGAAUUAUAACCAAAAUGUCGUUUACGAUACGCUCAAAGCAUCGUGUCAAGAACCCAUAGUGAAUUUGGAAAAAAUCGAAGAUCCCGAAGAAAAACCUACUUCUAACGCGUCGUCGAUGCCCGUUGAUAAUUACGAUGAUUUCAUGGACAGCGAUAUCGAUUUACAAAUUUCGGAGAUUUGCGAUAAUGUUACGAACGAUGCACAGAAUAAUGAUUUGAAAGCACCUGAACCGGUUACUAAAACUACGAGUAGUUCGUCCAACGAUUGUACAACGAAACAAGAGUCAAAUGGUGUGCUUUCCAGUAGGAAUAAACAUAUGAACAAUUUACAAUUCGACGAUAAUAACUAUCUCGUAGUCUAUACCGAUGGAUGUUGCUUAAAUAAUGGUCGUAAUAAUGCUCAAGCUGGUGUUGGUGUUUGGUUCAAUUUCAAUCAUCCUUUAAAUCUAGCUGCUCCAGUCACUGGAAAUCCUACUAAUAACAACGCUGAAAUCCAAGCAGCAACCAGAGCAAUUCGAAUUGCUUCUGAACUUGGCCUCAAAAAAAUCAAAAUACGUACCGACUCCAUGUUCCUAAUCAACUGUAUGACUACUUGGAUGAAGAACUGGAAAAAGAAUAACUGGAGGACCGCGGAUAAGCAACCGGUCAAGAAUCGAGAAAGUUUAGAAGAACUAGACUCGGUUCAAAAAUCGAUGGAUUCGGUGCUAUGGGACCACAUAGCUGGUCAUACAGGAUGUCCUGGUAACGAAGCUGCCGAUGCAUUGGCCAAACAGGGUGCUCAAAAAUUCUAUCGUUAAGUUGUAUUUUUUUUUUCCUUUUCAUCUUUGAUACUAUCGUGAUUUUUUCGUUUUUUAAAUUAUUGCCCAUUUUCAUCAUUCCUUAUACUUGUUCUCGAAUUAAUUAAAUUUAUGAAAUUACAAA